AGAGAGUCUGCAUUCAUUCUAUUGGAUGUAAAAAGGCCUCCACGGCUUGAAAAUGUCAAUUGACCCCAACAAACGGUUUGCUGUUUAACUUUCUCAUCGUUGUCAUUGGUCGGGUCAAAAUUAAUGUUUUCUUCUGCCUAAUCGAAUCCCAGACCUUGAAUUGCACGAUCUAGUUCCUUCGAUCGUCGAAAAUUCAAGUUCGAUCUUUCAUUGUUAACCGAUUUAAACAAUGUUUCUUUUUGACUGGUUCUACGGCAUCUUGGCUUCCCUGGGCCUGUGGCAGAAAGAGGCUAAGAUCUUAUUCUUAGGCCUAGAUAAUGCUGGAAAAACCACCUUGCUCCACAUGUUGAAAGAUGAGAGAUUGGUUCAGCAUCAACCUACGCAGUAUCCCACAUCAGAAGAGCUUAGUAUUGGGAAAAUUAAGUUCAAGGCAUUCGAUUUGGGAGGUCAUCAGAUUGCUCGAAGAGUCUGGAAGGAUUACUAUGCCAAGGUGGAUGCCGUAGUCUAUCUUGUGGAUGCCUUUGACAAAGAGAGGUUUGCGGAAUCCAAGAAAGAACUAGAUGCACUCCUUUCUGAUGAGGCAUUGGCUAAUGUUCCUUUUCUUGUUUUAGGAAACAAGAUUGAUAUCCCAUACGCAGCCUCUGAAGAUGAGUUGCGUUAUCAUCUUGGCCUGACAAAUUUCACCACUGGCAAAGGGAAGGUUAAUCUAGCAGACACAAAUGUCCGCCCACUGGAGGUGUUUAUGUGCAGUAUUGUGCGCAAGAUGGGAUACGGUGAUGGCUUCAAAUGGCUCUCCCAAUACAUCAAAUAGGAUAAUGGUAAUUAGUAUUUUAGGAAGAUGUAUUGCAGAUCCUGAAAGCUAGAUCCUCUCCCACUUUUUCUCAUGUCAUGAAUUGUAUUAAUUUCUUUGUUUGUUCGAGCUUAUGAGUGGGAGUUCACUUGGAAGUACUCUCUUUUCAAUCUGUGUGGAAGGAAUUUUAAAUGUGACUACCAUGUAAAACUGACUUGUGGUGCGCAGGUCUUAUCUAGUUCUAUAGUUUGUUAAAUCACUUGCCAUAUGCUGUCAUAUGCUGCAAUAGAGCAGAAAUAUUUCAUUUCCCGCUCAUCAGUGUCGUAUUGUGUAAUUGAGCUUUGCUGUCUGUAUUCUUAGUUCUAAUAGCAAAAGGAUGUAGCAGUCUCCUUUCUGUCUGCCCA